UCAUGGUCGAUAUCCCACUAUAUAUCCUGGAUAUACUCCCUCCUUAAUAUCCAACAUCUAAUCCCUAAUCCCUAAUACAAUAUAUACUACGAUAUAUAAUAUAAUAUAUAAGAAAUGCCCACAAUCAACAUCAUCAACGACUCCGACCACCUCUCCUUCGUCUCCUCCGUCCCCUCCUUCACUCCCCACUCUCAUCCACCCCGUCUCCGUCACUCUCCCUCCAUCGCCAACCUCUCCCGCUGGGUCGUCAAUCGCCUCUCUCGCCGUUCCUUACGAGAGGAAUAUACUGGGUCAGAUAGACCAGAUCUUUCUCAUUUCGAUCAUCUCAAUGACAAUAACGAUACCAAUCACGACAAUAACCCACAAGCCAACCCUCACCAUGGAUACAAUCGACGAAGACGACCCCAUCGCGCCUUAGCCCUCAAAGAAGAAACCAACGAAGAUAACGACCCUCACGACAACGGUGAAGAUGAAGAAUCAGAAGCAGAAGACUCCGACGAAGAACGCCUCAAAGAAGAAUACGCCGCCUACUGUCGCGCCUUUACCGGGUCCGGGUGUCCUGAUCAUCGUUCACCCCCCCGGGCGCGCUGGACGAUGGAGGCUUCCCAUCACCCAGGGAUAGUAUCAGGGUCGUCAUCUCCGGUACUAUCACCAGCACCAGCACCAGCAGCAACUGCAGAAAGAGGAGAAGAGGAGUACGGCGUGCCCAGUCCAUACUUGGAUAAUCUCGAUGAAUCGCAUCCCCAGUUACAACCACCCCCGCGCAUUCUCACUCCCGCCCUCUACGUCCAAACGCAAGCGCAAGCGCAACAGCGCAAACACCCCACCGAGGACCCUCCCGUUCGGCCCUGGUGGUCCACGGCGGGGAGGUGGGUGUGCGCCCGUCCGUGACCCAGGCAGGGCCAGUACCCGCAAAGGCCCGGGUCAUACGCACAUGCCCCUUCUCGGGGCGUACAGCCAACCCUAAACUUGACGCCACCGACAGCACAGCAGUCAUCCGCUCAAGCCCGAAAAAGCAUGGGGAAGAGAACCCAAAAUGAAAGGUGAAGAGAAAGAAAAAAAAAAAAAAGAAGAAAAAGAAAGAAUAAAAA